UUACUGGCGGCAUGGAUAUCGGUGUAAAUAUUUUAUUAGUGCUAAUUGGCAAAACCGAAGAUGAACGCCGUCUGAUUAUAAAUUCAGUAGGUCCAACGUGGGAAGGCAAUCAGGUAUGGCUAGUUACGUUAGGUGCUACGUUAUUUGCCGUAUGGCCGAUUGUAUAUGCUACGGCUUUCUCGAGUUUAUAUUUUGCGUUGUUGAUAGUUUUAUUUAUGCUAAUUUUGCGCCCGCCAGGAAUAGAUUAUCGCGGCAAAAUUGAUUCGCCACAAUGGCGUGCAUUGUGGGACCGUUGUUUAUUUACCAGCGGGUUAGUAUUAGCUUUGUUGUUUGGGGUUGCAAUUGGCAACUUAUUUGUUGGCUUGCCGUUUAGUUUUGAUAACAACAUGGUCGUUACGUAUACGGGUAGUUUAGUAUCUUUAAUUUCUCCUGUGACUUUGUUAUUUGGUAUUGUCAGUAUUUGCAUGUUAAUAGUUCAGGGCGCAAUAUUCUUGCAAUAUAAACUUGAAAACGAAUUAGCCGCGCGAGCAAAAUUAGCUGUGCAGACUUUUGGUUAUAGUUUUAUUGCAGUAUUUAUUUUUACUGGAAUUUAUAUAUACCUUUGGUUGCCGGGUUAUGAGCUGAUUAGUAUUGGUAAUAUUAACACUAGUUUAGCCGUUACUGAUAAAGUAGUUAUGCCAAUAAAAAGCGGUUGGUUGAAUAAUUAUGCGGUAAAACCUACGUUAUGGGUAUUGCCAAUUUGUGCAAUUAUAAGCACAGUGUUAGCAAUGUUGAGUAGCAAAGCAGACAAGCCUAAAUUUGGUUUGGCAUUUAACAGUGUCGCGAUAAUGAAUACGGUUUUAACCGCAGCAGCUGCGUUGUUUCCGUUUAUAUUGCCGUCUAGCAGCAAUCCAAAUCAUAGUUUGACUAUAUGGGACGCCUGUUCGAGUUAUAAUACGCUGGGUUUUACGUUGUUGGCCGUUUUGUUACUGUUGCCGAUAGUGUUGGCUUAUACGGUUUGGGUGUAUCGAGUAAUGCGCGGUAAGGGCGGCGCGCCGUCGCCGACCUGUUCCCUA